AUGCGUGAAUACACUGUUCUCGUCUCAUUAUUUUCUGUCUUUCCUGGUGGUGUGGAAAAAAUUUGGUUCGUGGAUAACUUUCUUCUGAAUGCCAAUGACUUAGCGCUUGUUAAAAAAGCCUUCCGAACCCUCGAAAGCCUCGAAACAAGGGAUAUUCUCAAGCCAGAAAAGCAAUUGUUGACUAAUUUACCAUUCUGCCUCAGUGUCGAUCUUAUCCGUCUACUCAAUCUAGAUAUAAAGACAAAAAUUCUUCUAGUUCUUCCAUUCAGGCCAUUACCUUACGAUGUAACUUUCAGAAAACAGCUCUUGGAUCGGCUUCAGCUCAUUAGUGAUCGUUUGGAGAAAGAAAAGAUUCGUUAUUUGCAAGAUAAAGCUGAAAAGAUAGAUAAAGUUUUCAUCAGAUUCAGAUACCAUACGUCAGCUCGUAUGGCAUAUCAGUCCCUUCUUCUAGCAUCCACGAAGCACUUUGAAAAAGCUGUUGCAGAUGUGAACCCCGACGAUAUUAUUUGGAAUAACUUGCUUAGAAGAGAUGGCGUGUUGGUAAAAUUUAAACUCUUAUUGAUUGAUAUCUUGCUCAUUUCAGUGAUUCUUCUUCACGUCUUGCCUGUUGCACUCGUGGGUCUCUUCUCCCACUCGAUGUCCCGAAUACUUCUUUGCGUCAGGGGAAUUAAUAAUCUACCUGGGGAGCUCCGCCAAAUAUUUUCCGGGUUUCUUCCUUCGUUGAUGUUGAACGUUUUGACGGCAACCCAGUUAAGGCUUAUCAAAUCGUUGCUUAUCCGCCAUAAUGUUUGGACAGGUAGCGAACUUCAACUUUUAUCACAAGAAUGGUACUUUUCAAUCUUAUUCAUUCAUCAGUUCCUAGUCGUUUCCAUUUCAUCCAGCUUCACUUCGAUACAGGUUUUCAUGCUGCUCACGACACUUCCAAGAGUCCAGUGGGGACUUGCGUAUCCUGUUGUUACAGUACACGGAAUUGUUGGAUUGACUUAUUGUGUGAUAGCACCUCCUAUAGUUGCUCUCGUCAUUUCUGGCCUAUCCGUCUUAUUAUUUUACUAUAAAUACGCUCUUCAGUUUGUCUAUGACCGGUGCAAUCCCUCGGAGACAUACGGCAAACUAUACUUGAGAGCUCUCAUGCAGCUAUACUGGGGAGUAUACUGUCUCGAAUUCUGUAUGGUCAGCAUAAUAUUCAGAAAAGCUGUUGGAGAGGAUGAGCUUUGCAGUAAGCUCCACUUUCUUGUUAUCGAUAACGUUCCACAGAAGUAUCUCUGA